UGUGACACCUGGCCGAGCCGCCUCCAUUGCAGCAGGGAAGGAAGGGUCUCUGAGGGCCGGGUGCUUCCAGCCUGCUGCCGCUUCCUGCUUCCCGCCAGGUGCCCGCGCGCGAGACAGGAACUGAGGCGAAGAGCGGGAGGAGGCGGUGCUGCCGCUUGUCUCGCUGAGGCGCCCGCCGUGGCGCUCGCCCUCCCUCCUUCCCUCCGUCCCUAUGGCCGUGGGUCCCUCCUGAGAGUGGGGAGAAGAGCGAGAGGCCUCUCCUGACGCCCUCCUUUUCCCCCAAAGAAGAGAAAAGGGGAAAGGCGGCGCCUGCCUGCCUGCCUCUCGUUGCCUUUCCCCCCCGCCCUCGAGAUGCCAGCAUGGACUGCAGGAUCAAGGAAAACCCUGAUAGAACCUUUGAUUUGGUGCUACAGGUAAAAUGCCAGGCUUCUGAAAAUGAAGAUCCUGUGGUUUUGUGGAAGUUCCCGGAGGACUUUGGAGACCAGGAAAUACUACAGAUCAUACCCAAAUUCUGCUUUCCUUUUGACAUUUUAAGGGUGACCCAGGUUGGACAGCACUUUACCUUUGUGCUUACGGAUAUUGAAAGCAAACAAAGAUUUGGAUUUUGCCGGUUGACAGCAGGAGGCAAAAUAUGUCUAUGCAUUUUGAGCUACUUACCAUGGUUUGAGGUAUACUACAAACUUUUAAAUACGCUGGCAGAUUAUUUGGCUAAAGAUCAGGAAGAUGACUUGAAUGAUUUGUUAGACACCUGGUAUCAACAUCCUGUUCCAGAAGCCAACACCCCUAUCAGCUUAAAUUUGAACAACGAGGUGUUUUUUGCAAGUGAGCAAGUUUUGAAAAAUCAACCAGGUUUAAUAGCGCAUUCAUACUUCAUUACUCCUGAUUUAACUGGCCUUCCAUCAGUACCUGAAAGUAGAAAUCUUACUGAAUAUUUUGUUGCUGUGGAUGUGAACAAUAUGCUGCAACUUUAUGCCAGCAUGUUACAUGAGAGGCGCAUCAUUAUUACCUCCAGCAAACUAAGCACUUUAACUGCUUGUGUUCAUGGGUCAGCUUCAUUGCUAUAUCCAAUGUAUUGGCAACACAUAUACAUCCCAGUUCUUCCUCCACAUCUCCUGGAUUACUGCUGUGCACCAAUGCCAUACUUGAUUGGAGUUCACUUCAGCCUCAUGGAGAAGGUGAAAAGUAAAUCACUCGAGGACGUGGUGAUGCUAAAUGUUGACACGAACACUUUGGAAACACCAUUUAAUGACCUGAGCAACCUACCAAGUGAAGUGGUCUCGGCCUUGAAAAAUAAACUGAAGAAACAGUCCACAGCUACUGGUGAUGGAGUAGCCAGGGCCUUUCUUAGGGCACAGGCUGCGUUGUUUGGAUCUUACAGAGAUGCACUAAGAUAUAAACCAGGGGAGCCUGUCAGUUUCUGUGAAGAAAGUUUUGUUAAGCACCGCUCCAGCACUACCAAACAAUUUCUGGAAACUGCAGUGAAUCUUCAACUUUUUAAGCAGUUUAUUGAAGGCCGGCUUUCAAAGCUCAAUGCAGGAAAGGGGUUCUCAGAUGUUUUCGAAGAAGAAAUCUCUUCAGGUGGCUUCAGUGGAGGAAAUUCAAGAUCAUAUCACCAGUGGGUAUGUAAAGUAAAGAAAGGAGGUGCCUUGAUCAACACGGCAAUGAACAAAGCCAGUCCAGCUGUGAGAACAGCAUACCGAUAUGCAAAAGAUCAUGCGAAACAGGGAAUAAAAGAGGUAAAGAGUAAGUUGAAACACAAGGAAACAGAAGACGAGUAUGGAACGUGUCCCUCAGGUUAUGCACAUUACACUCCAAUCUAUACGUUUCCCAAUACACAAAGACUAAAUACAGAAAAGAAACGACUUGCACAGGCGCGGUUUGGACAUCUUCAUCCUUACAUGCAUAAUCUUGAUUCUGCAUUGGAUGAAGAUGCUGAUGACGAAAUGGACAGAGGAAGCAAGUUGUCAUCUGAAGACAGUGAGGAAACAUCUUGUUAUUUGUACGAUAGCGAUGACUCUGGGGAAAUGGCCAAAACAUCUGUUCCCCCUGGGGAAAUGGACUUGCUGGGAGAGAUUUUGGAUACUUUGAGUACGCACAGUUCUGAUCAAGGAAAACUCUCAGGAGCAAAGAGCCUGGACUUCUUUCGAUCAAUGGAUGAUAUUGAUUAUAAGACAAAGAAUAAAUCUAACACACCAAGUGAGAGCAAUAUAGCUCUGCUUUGCAGCAGUCGGACUUCAGACACAGCAAACUGGAAUCUUGGGCAAGAAGAUGGCAUCUUCAGUGCAAAGCAGCUUCUUCCGUCACCAAGGAAAUGUGUUUCUUCUAGUAGUCACAGGGAAUCUCUCUCGGUCCUGUGUAAAGGAAGUCCCACCAGAUUCUCUGUCAUUGACAGCGGGGACUUUCCUAAAACUCAUACCGAAUUUCCAGCCUCAUCUCAGGAAACUGUGGAGCUGUGUUCUCUAGGAGCGUUUCAAGGAAGGAAGACUACGUGGAACGAAACACUAAGCAAUACCUCAGCAGAUGGGGCUUCCUCGAACAUGAGCCCAAAUCCAUCUACUCUAGUUCCAUGGGAAAGAGAACCAAGAACAGAAAAUGAAAUCCUGGAAGAGGGUGGGCUCCUUCACGAAGUGGUGUCGUUAUGUAAAAUGACUCCUUUCAACCACGGUUUAAACAUUUCAGGGGACCGGUUCUCCAGUAACAGUGGAAAUAAAACAUAAGGGUUUUUUAUUUGUUUGUAGGGGAGAAAUUGCACUUCCGUUGAAAGCUGAAGGACGAUGACUCAGGAUUCCAUAUUGCAACGUCAACCAAAAGAUCACAAAAGGAAAUGACAAAUCUUUGGUUUUAUUACUCUUUCAUUGUGGCUUGUUUCAUAUAUGCAUUUUCUCCCUUUAUUGAAAGUAUCGCAUCUCAUAUGUCUUUGUUACAUUCAGGCCCAUAACAUGGGGCCAGAUUGCAAACAGGGCUGUAACUCAACCCUCAAAAUCCAUUCAGGAAAUUUCAGGUUCAAUCUCUGGUUCUCCAGACCUGUUUGAAUAUCUGGCUAGGCACAACCAGUCCAUGGAGACAAUACUCUGCUUUGAUAUAAUAUUUGAUGAAUGCAUUCAAGAAUCAAGGUACUAAAUGUUUAAGCCACAGCUGGUAUGUGGUACUUGAUAAUUUUUACUGUUUCCCUUCUCCCUCUGCCUAAGGAACCAUAUCUUCAGACAAAAGCAUUGCUGUGUUGUUUUUCUGGAACUCGUAAAUGCUGUGUGAAUCCAUGAUAUGAAUGCCUUAAAGUGAUAGGAACAGACUUAAAUAUCCUAGAAGGUGGAUUGCAGGUAUGUGAGAAAGUAAUGCCAUUAUUUCACACCAGUGAAAUGCUUGAACGUAGGAAAAUGCCAUUUUUUUCCAAGCCACAGGAACUCUUCUGACUAUUGGUGGUCACUCAUGUGACCACCGUUUAUGUAAUGAACCUGGUCAGAGGCGAGCCUCUGCCAUGCGCUGUAUUCCUUGAUAAUAACUGUUUUCAUGUAGCCAGCAAUAAGGAAAACUCUUGUAAUCAGGUUGUCAUCCCAUUGUCAGAUUAGUAAUUGGUUGUCUGAAUUUGCCCUGAAAUUUGUGGUUUAACCUUUUCUUUCAGAGCUAUAAUCUGGCUCCGUCUUCCAGACCUGAAAACUGUUACUGUGUAUUUCAACCUUUUUAACAUGGUGACAUACAAUAUAAAGUUUACAACUGUCAACAUUUUGCAUCAUCAGUUUUCCCAAAA